AUGUUCAGAUUGGCAUCAUCAAUACUCGCCGCUGCGACGUUGUUCGCCAGCGUCUCAGCGCAAACACAAUAUGGCAUUGGUAUGCCAAACAACGUCACCUCGUUGGCGGGGACAUGGAGUACAGGCUCAGGGCAUGUUCUCACUGGCCUCAACUUCUAUGACCCGGUCAACAACUCGUUCAUCUACCCCGCCACCGCAGGACAGUCGUACAGUUUUACCGACGACGGCUACUGGGAGCAGGCGCUGUACAUCUACAACACCAACCCGGGCAAACCUAACUGCGUCUCGGCGCAACUCAUCUGGCAACACGGCACAUACCUUCUCAACAGCAACAACACGCUCACGCUCAAUGUCUUCAAAGGCGACGGCCGUCAGCAGGUUUCGGAUCGCUGUGCGGAAAACUCGAACUAUAUCCAGUCGUACAACCAAGUCGAAAAUAUGAACGGAUUCGAGAUCCACCUCGACACACAUUUCAACUCUCCUGUAUACUCUCUCCAGCUAUAUGAGUUUGAUGGAACGCUCAAGCCACUCAUGUUCCAGCGCUUUAACCCCCCUCAGAUGCUGCCGACGCAACCGUUGCACGAGGAGAUCAUCGGAGAGCUCAAUUCUUCAUAG